AUGUCUAAAGAGGCGGAAUCUGACAAUGCGCGCAGAGAAUCAUCUUCAGAAGGUGCCAGCACAUAUUAUGCAUCAAGAUUCAAUGAAAAAGAAGAUUACACGCAUUCACAAGAUGGGGCCGAGCAGCAACAAUCAACAAGAGAUGUCGAAAAGAACGAGGGAAACGAUGGUAAUUCAGACGAGCAGGAAGACAGAGAUCCGGACCUAGUCACUUGGUCUGAUAAUGAUCCACGCAAUCCCCAGAAUUGGUCAACAACAAAAGUCUGGUGCAAUCUGGGCGUUAUAUCGUUCUUUCGACUCCUCACGCCUCUCGCAUCUUCAAUGAUGGCGCCUGUCAUCACUCUCGUACUCGAUGAUUUUGGCACGAACAACGAAACGAUCGGAAGUUUUGCGGUUUCAAUAUACAUUCUUGGAUAUGCAACAGGUCCUCUGAUACUUGCUCCACUAUCUGAGAUCUAUGGACGAUUACCGGUAUACCACGCGAACAGUAUCUUGUUCACUAUUUGGAACCUUGCAUGCGCACUCUCGCCCAACAUUGGAGCUCUACUUGCAUUUCGAUUUCUCGGUGGUCUUGCUGGAUCUUCACCUGUCACAAUCGGCAAUGGAUCAAUUGCGGAUUGUGUGCGCAAAGAAAAACGCGGCAAAGUCACCGCGAUCUUCACAGCUGGUCCUUUGCUUGGCCCAGUCGUAGGCCCAAUAGCCGGUGGCUUUCUAGGUGAAGCUGCAGACUGGCGAUGGAAUUUCUGGUUGCUUACCAUAGUCUCUGCAGUCGGUACCUGCGUCUCAUUGUGCCUACAGCAAGAGACUUAUGCCCCAGUCUUGCUCGAACGAAUUACGAAGAAGCUGAAAGCCGAAACUGGGAAUGAGAAGCUACAUCACCAGUACUCGAACAACCUCACAAAAGCGGAAAUCUUUAAAAGAGCUAUCAAACGUCCCCUGGCCAUGCUGUUCACUUCGCCAAUUGUGUUUCUGACAUCGGUGUAUGUCGGUCUGGUAUACGGCUAUACCUAUCUGCUAUUCACAAGUUUCGAGAGAACCUUCGAAACUGUCUACGGAUUCAGUGGUCGUAUCGUAGGCCUGACAUAUCUCGGUUUCGGAGUAGGCUGCGCGAUUGGCCUAUUUGCCCUCGGAGCACUUUCAGAUCGUCUCGUGGUCCAUUACUCGAAGGGCACAGAAUGGAAGCCAGAGUUCCGACUUCUACCACUUCUUCCCGGCUCUCUGAUCGUCCCGAUCGGAUUAGUAUGGUAUGGCUGGUCCGCAGAAGCUGGCGCACACUGGAUCGUCCCUAUUAUCGGUACAGCGUGGAUAGGUCUAGGAACUCUAGCAAUCUUCAUGCCUGUUCAGUCGUAUCUUAUCGAUGCAUUCACCUUGUACGCAUCAUCUGCUGCGGCUGCAAACACGAUUUUCAGGUCGCUCCUUGGAGCAUUCUUGCCAUUGGCUGGUCCAUCACUCUAUGCGGCUCUUGGACAGGGCUGGGGUAACACACUGUUAGCGUUCAUAGCUCUGGCUUUCACUCCGAUGGCUUGGAUUAUGUUCAGAUAUGGCGAAAGGAUCAGAAAGAAUCAUCCGGGGAAAGUCCGCUGA